ACCAGAAGGUCCCAGGACAGGCCCAGCCCCAGAGCCCAGACAUGCUGCUGCUGCCGCUGCUGCUGCCCGUGCUGGGGGCGGGGUCCCUGAACAAGGAUCCCAGUUACAGUCUUCAAGUGCAGAGACAGAUGACGGUGCAGGAGGGCCUGUGUGUCAUCGUGCCUUGCAACCUCUCCUACCCCCGGGAUGGCUGGGACGAGUCUGUUGCUGCUUAUGGCUACUGGUUCAAAGGAUUGACCAACCCAAAGACGGGUGCUCCUGUGGCCACAAACAACCAGAGUCGAGAGGUGGAAAUGAGCACCCGGGACCGAUUCCAGCUCACUGGGGAUCCCGGCAAGGGGAGCUGCUCUUUGGUGAUCAGAGACAUGCAGAGGGAGGAUGAGGCACGGUACUUCUUUCGAGUGGAGAGAGGAAGCUAUGUGAGAUAUAGUUUCAUGAACAAUGGGUUCUUUCUCAAAGUAACAGCCCUGACUCAGAAGCCUGAUGUCUACAUCCCUGAGACCCUGGAGCCGGGGCAGCCGGUGACGGUCAUCUGCGUGUUUAACUGGGCUUUCAAGAAAUGUCCAGCCCCUUCUUUCUCCUGGACGGGGGCUGCCCUCUCCCCGAGAAGAACCAGACCAAGCACCUCCCACUUCUCGGUGCUCAGCUUCACGCCCAGCCCCCAGGACCGUGACAUUGACCUCACCUGCCACAUGGACUUCUUCAGAAAGGGUGUGAGCGCACAGAGGACCGUCCGACUCCGCGUGGCCUCCCUGGAACUCCAGGGAAAUGUCAUAUAUCUGGAAGUUCAGAAAGGCCAGUUCCUGCGGCUCCUCUGUGCUGCUGACAGCCAGCCCCCUGCCACGCUGAGCUGGGUCCUGCAGGACAGAGUCCUCUCCUCGUCCCACCCCUGGGGCCCCAGAACCCUGGGGCUGGAGCUGCCCGGGGUGAAGGCCGGGGAUUCAGGGUGCUACAUCUGCCGAGCAGAGAACAGGCUUGGCUCCCAGCAGCGAGCCCUGGACCUCUCUGUGCAGUAUCCUCCAGAGAACCUGAGAGUGAUGGUUUCCCAAGCAAACAGGACAGUCCUGGAAAACCUCGGGAACGGCACAUCCCUCCCGGUCCUGGAGGGCCAAAGCCUGCGCCUGGUCUGUGUCACCCAUAGCAGCCCCCCAGCCAGGCUGAGCUGGACCCGGGGGGGACAGACGGUGGGCCCCUCCCAGCCCUCAGACCCUGGGGUCCUGGAACUGCCUCGGGUUGAAGUGGAGCAUGAAGGAGAGUUCACCUGCCACGCUUGGCAACCACUGGGCUCCCAGCACGUCUCUCUCAGCCUCUCUGUGCACUGCAAAUCAGGGCCCAUGACGGGGGUGGUUCUGGUGGCUGUCGGGGAGGUGGCUACGAAGAUCCUGCUUCUCUGCCUUUGCCUCAUCCUCCUCAGAGUGAGGUCCUGCAGGAGGAAGGCAGCAAGGGCAGCAUUGGGCAUGGAGGCUGCAGACACUGUGACGGACUAAUCUCCAGCUGAG